AUGAGUCCUCGGUUGGCUCUGGCUCUGGCUCUGUUGCUUCGUGUUCGACGCGGUCUGGCAGCAUCACAGGAGAAAGAAAGCCACAAAGCAGCAGUUUCGCUAAUGGAUCAGACAACCCAUCACGACAACGGUGCGAUAUCAGCCCUGUUCGAGGAAGUGGCCCGACUGCGGACGGCCAUCGCCAAUAUUCAGGAAUCACACAACCUGCAGAUCCAGCGGUUAGAAGACCGUCUGGAAGAGAAACGGCAGCACAUUGUGCGGUUAGAAUCUCGCAUCGAGAAGCAGCAGGAUUUCGACGAUUUGAAGAAGGAAAACAACAUCCUUCGAUCAGUGGACCUGAGCUCACCGCACGAUACGAAGCAGUUCCAGGAACUGCUGCUAGAACGCACCAAAGCCCUGGCCGCCCAAACCGAAGCAAUCAAGUCGUCCAAUUCCGAAGGAUCUCCGCCUGGCGGUCAGCCGAAGCCCGCUUCGUCGCCAGCGACGAGCAGCUGCAGCGCCGCACUAGUCACUCCUCAUGCUAACGCUUGUAACGCCAGUAACGACCUGUCUAACAGCAACAGCAAAAAUAGCAACAACAACAACAACAACAACAACAACAACAACAGCAACAUUCACAAUAGCACCGCUCUAAGCAACCACAGCCAAACCAGCACCAAUAGCAAUGACACUAACACCAGCACCAUGGCAGGAGCACCGAGCCGACCGGCUUCCAGCCCAAGCGUUGUGCCGUCUCCGUGCUCUGGUGGUGUUGGCUCGACCGGUGCCACCCCAACCGGAAGCAACAGUCUUGCCCAACUCAACUCCAUCCUUCCACCUCCGUUGCACAACGUUGAACAGUUUAGCUCGUUUCUGGGCGAAGAGAUUGUCAGCACCUGGCGGCGUGGUUUGGAUUUGCCACCGCCCCCACCGGGACUGGCUGCGGCCGCCGCAGCAGCCGCCGCCGCCGCCGCUGCCGCUCGAAACCAUCACCCACAGCUACUAAUGAACCAUCAUCCUCCCACAGAUCUAGCACAUCACGAUCCGGACAAAGCUAGCUCGCAUCAUGAAAACUCCUCGAGUGCAAGCACACCGAUCCUGCAGGACACCUCCCGCCACGAUGAGCACCUAAACGGCGGAGGUCUCACACCGAUGCGAAUGUCCAAAAGUCCCCUGGAGGACAACAACAACACCCUCGGUUCGCUGUCGCACUCCGGCAGUGGUCUGAUACAAGGGCUACCCUUCCACUUCCCCGAUCGAGGACCGUUUCGGUUCGCCGAUGAUCUGCAGCUUCCGCCCGGUUCGAUGGUGGGUCGUCUCGGUGACUCGCUGAUUCCGAAGGGCGAUCCCAUGGAGGCCCGACUGCAGGAAAUGCUUCGCUACAACAUGGACAAGUACGCCAACCAGAACCUGGACACGCUGCACAUCUCGCGACGGGUUCGCGAGCUUCUCUCCGUGCACAACAUCGGCCAGCGGUUGUUCGCCAAGUACGUGCUCGGCCUGUCGCAGGGAACGGUUUCCGAGCUGCUCUCCAAGCCGAAACCCUGGGACAAACUGACCGAGAAAGGCCGCGACAGCUACCGGAAGAUGCACGCCUGGGCGUGCGACGAAAAUGCCGUCAUGCUGCUCAAGUCGCUGAUCCCGAAAAAAGGUAAAGAACCCGGAAUGCCAUCGUUCGGCCGGCCCGACGGUUCCGACAUGAAUGACGACCGAAUCCAGCACAUCCUGUCCGAGGCUCAGUCGAUGAUCAAACGCGACCCGACCGGGCUCGGUACUCCUCAGCAUCCCUCCCAGCAGCAGCAGCAACAGCAGCAACAUCAGCAGCAGCAAAUGCACCAACAGCUCCAGCUACAGCAGCAGCUGCAGCUCAACUCGCUGGACGACUCCCAGCAUAGUGAUAACGACUCCAAGUCUCCGCACAACCGGGACGUGCAGUCACCGUUUGCCAAAGAUUACCUGAACCGACGAGCCGCGAUGAAGAAGUUCGACAGCGACGACAUCCCGCAGGACAAAAUCGCUAAAAUCUACCAGGAGGAGUUCUCGAAACUGAUGCGAAGUCCUCGAGAUUUUCCAAAUUUUCUUUUUCCACAUUUCCUCAGUGGAGGAAUGCCGCCAUUGGAGCGUCUCCAGGACGAUAACAUCCGCAUGACUUUGGAGGCUUACCACAGGGAGUUGGCGAAGCUGCAGCAAAGCGCUGCCACCGGAGGUGGCCUGCCAAACAUGCCAAAUAUCUCGAACCUUCCGAACUUCCUGGCCCUCCACCAGCAACAGCAAGCAGCGCAAGCAGCUCAGCAGCAUGCCGCUGCCGCUCAACAGCAGCAACAACAGCAGCAACAGCACCACCAUCACCAGCAAUCCGGACUGAACGGGUCCGCUCAGGACCUGUCGUUACCCAAAGAGAAACAAUCAACCAAACUGAACGGUUCGCUGACCGAUCUGGAGAGCGAAAUCGAUGCCGCCAACAAGGAGGUGGAUGACGCCAUGAAGCACAGUGCGUUCAGCUUAGUCAAACCGAAACCGGAACCGGGAACCUGUACGCCGACCACCACCGCGUCGUCCGCCCCGAGUCCGAUCAGUAACAGCAUCCUGCCACCGGUUAUCGCACCUACGGAUGACUUCGGUGUUACCGCCAGUCCGCUGCAACGAAUGGCCUCCAUCACCAAUUCCCUAAUUACUCAACCUCCCGUAACUCCCCAUCACAGCACGCAGCAAAGACCGCUGAAAGCCAUUCUGCCGCCCAUCACUCAGCAGCAGUUCGAUCUGUACAACAACCUCAACACCGAAGACAUCGUCCGACGGGUCAAGGAAUCCCUCUCGCAAUACUCCAUCAGCCAGCGGCUGUUCGGCGAAUCCGUGCUCGGUCUGUCGCAAGGAUCCGUCAGCGAUCUGCUGGCCCGACCGAAGCCCUGGCACAUGCUCACGCAAAAGGGUCGCGAACCCUUCAUCCGCAUGAAAAUGUUCUUGGAGGACGACAACGCCGUCCACAAGCUAGUCGCCAGUCAGUACAAGAUCGCCCCGGAGAAGCUGAUGCGAACCGGCAACUACAGCGGAACCCCUCAGAUCCCCGGAAUGAUCUCCAAACAGAUGCCUCCCAUGCCCAAGAUGCUCAGCGACUCGAUCAGUAAACUCCAGCAAGACCAAAAGACGCUCCUCCAGCUGCAAAUAUCUCAAAUGCAACAGAUGCCUCCCACGUCACAAGCCCAGCAACUCCAACAGCAUCAGCAGCAGCUGCACCAGCAGCAUCUGGCAGCUGCGGCAGCAGCCCAGCAUCAAGCCCAACAGGAAGCCGCUGCUCGGCAUCAACCUGCCUCGUCACAACCAUCACCGAUCCCCUCCUCCCAGCAACAAGUGCAAUCCCAAUCCCUUCACCAACAACGCCAGCAACCUUCGCCGCAAACCAUGCUACUCACACCACCCGGCAUUCCACCACAACACGCCAUUCCGCUGCAAACUUCAGUCCCCCUUGGCAUGGACAAGAAACCCGUCAUGCUGGGAGUCCACUCGCCCCAGCAACAGUCUCAACCACCCCAAACACCCACUUCUCAUCACCAACCGGGACCACCACCAGGAGUCAACACCAUGCGCGGCAGUAUGCACCAGCACAUCUCGCCGACCGUCUACGAAAUGGCCGCCCUUACGCAGGAUCUCGACACGCAAGUCAUCACCACCAAGAUCAAGGAAGCCCUGCUUGCCAACAACAUCGGUCAGAAGAUCUUCGGCGAAGCCGUCCUCGGCCUGUCGCAGGGUUCCGUCUCCGAGCUCCUCUCCAAACCGAAACCCUGGCACAUGCUCAGCAUCAAGGGUCGCGAACCGUUCAUCCGGAUGCAGCUCUGGCUGAGCGAUGCCAACAACGUCGAACGGUUGCAGAUGCUGAAAAACGAACGUCGCGAAGCGAGCAAACGGCGCCGAUCGACCGGUCCGGGAGCGCAGGACAACAGCUCCGACACCAGCAGCAACGACACCUCCGAAUUCUACCACUCCAAUUCGCCCGGACCGGGUUCGGUCGGCUCGGCAGCGGCUCCGCCCAACAAGAAGCAACGGGUGCUCUUCUCCGAGGAGCAGAAGGAAGCCCUCCGGCUGGCGUUCGCCCUGGACCCGUACCCGAACGUACAGACAAUCGAAUUCCUGGCGACCGAGCUUGGGCUUUCGACACGCACCAUCACCAACUGGUUCCACAACCACCGGAUGCGGCUGAAACAGCAAGUGCCGCACGGUCAACCGAGCGAACCGAUCCCGUCGCGUGAAAACCAAUCUGGGGCGCCGUUCGAUCCCGUUCAAUUUCGGGUUCUGCUCAGUCAGCGACUGAUGGAGAUCCAGAAGGAGCGAAUGGGAUUGAGUGGGGUUCCGUUGCCUUACCCUCCGUAUUUUGCUGCCAAUCCGAACCUGGCAGCGCUGAUUGGUCGGGGAUUCAUCCCCGGAGAUGUGGAUCUGGCAGCACUGAAUAAAGCUGUUAGUGAACAGAUGAGUGGACUGGAUCUGUCGAUGCCUUCCUCUGUGAAGCGGGAAGGUGAGGAGGAGUUUGAAGAGGAUGGUGAUAAUGAUGGGGAUAGUGAUGCGGAGUCUGUUGAUGAUGGGUCUAAGCGGGGCGGUGAUGGAGAUGAUCACUCGGCGACGAGUUUAUCGUUGGCUAGUUUGCAAGCUAUGUCCCGGAUUAACAGGCGAAAACCGGCGGCUCCACAGUGGGUUAAUCCGGACUGGCAGGAUGAUAAGAAGACGAACAUUCCAGGCGGCGAUGGGAAGAAGGAUGGCGAUCUGCUGAAUGGGGUUUGCAUGCUGCAACAGGAUGGAGUGCAGUCCGUUCAGCAGAGGUUUGUGGCGGCUAUGGCUGCGGCUGCGGCAGCCGUCGCGGCGGCUGCCUCCGGCAGUGACAACGAGCAGGACGAUGCCAAAUCAACCCAUUCGAAGCAAUCGAUUGAGGAUCGAAUGGAUGCGGACGAACGACCGGAGAAAGAUGAAUCUUCUUCGGUGAUUGGGGCUGCCUCGUCGGAGACGGAAGGCGAACGGUCGGAAAAAGACAAAGAACUCGUGCAGGUGAAGACGGAAAUGAUGAUGGAGGAAAACGAACGGUGGGAAUACUAA